AUGCCUGAGCUGGAAGAGGGAUGGGAGAGCGAGGGCUCUGGGAGCGGGGAGGGGACGCGGGAAGCGCCCCUGCCCUUCCCGGGGGAGUCCCCGUGGCGCCGCCGGCCGCUGGGGGGCGCCCGCGCUCCACGCGCGGCCCCGGCCCCGCUCCCGGCCCCAUCCCGGCCCCAAUCCCGGCCCCAAUCCCGGCCCAAUCCCGGCCCCAGUCCCGGCCCAAUCCCGGCCCCAGUCCCGGCCCAAUCCCGGCCCCAGUCCCGGCCCAAUCCCGACCCCAGUCCCGGCCCAAUCCCGGCCCCGCUCCCUGCCCAGUCCCGGCCCAAUCCCGGCCCCGCUCCCUGCCCAAUCCCGGCCCAGUCCCGGCCCCACUCCCGGCCCAGUCCCGGCUCCAGUCCCGGCUCCAGUCCCGGCCCCAGUCCCGACCCAAUCCCGGGCCCAAUCCCGGCCCAGCUCCCGGCCACAAUCCUGGCCCUAAUCCCAGCCACAAUCCUGGCCCUAAUCCCAGCCCCAAUCCCUGCCCAAUCCGGCCCAGCUCCCGGCCCAAUCCCGGUCCAAAUCCCGGCCCCAAUCCCAGUCCAAAUCCCUGCCCAAUCCCGGCCCCAAUCCCGGUCCCAGUCCCGGCCCAAUCCCGGCCCCAAUCCCAGCCCUGCUCCCGGCCCCAAUCCCGGUCCCAGUCCCGGCCCAAUCCCGGCCCCAAUCCCAGCCCUGCUCCGGGCCCCAAUCCCGGUCCAAAUCCCUGCCCAAUCCCGGUCCCAGUCCUGGGCCAAUCCCGGUCCCAAUCCCGGCUCCGCUCCCGGCCCCGGCCCGUGGCUCCUUCCCCGGAGCGGGGCGCUGCCGGCGCUGAGCCCGGCCCUCGGAGCGGGACGAGACGCUGCUCUGCGGGAAGCAGCAGUAGGACCCCCGCCUUCAAACACCGUCCAAAGCCCAGCGCUGCCUGUCCCCCGACAGCCUCGACCCUGCGGGAAAGGCGGUCCGCAGCCGCAGCAGCGGCCGAGCCGUGUAUCAGAGGCAGUGGGAAGCCGUCUCGCCCCUUUGUACAUCUUGCGGGAUUUCUCCUCGCACAGGCAAUUGGCAAAGGCCCAGGGAGGCGCGGAGCGGCACAGCUCAGCCUGGCCGGGCGGGACGUGCAAGACGACCGGCAGAGCUGCAGCCGGGCUGGAGCUGGAGCCCAGCGCUGGGACGGCCCGCACCGCCCCGGCCCUGCCGCAGAAGCGAUGGGGUUCCCCGGGAGGCCCCCACGCCCUGUAUCCCCACUCGCGGAGGGAGGCAGGGCUCCUGCUCCGGGCCGGCAGCGGCUCUGCCCCGGCAGGGGCACGGACGGGGCCAGGCAGACACGGGCCCAAGCAGCCGCCUCCCUGGGGCGAAGGGGUCCCGGCGCCCCCUCCCCAGCCCCCCGGGCCCCGGCCGGGGAGCAGCGCCCGCCGCUCCUCCCGCAAACGCCGGCACGGUUUCGGCCGCUCUGCUGCCGCUGUCCUUGCCUCAUCCCUCUCUCUUUUUGCCCACCGACGGGAGGGCAGGAUCAGACCCCUGCGUCCCGCGGGGAUGCUCGGGUCUGGCGGCGCUGGCACCGGGGCGCUGCGGUGCGGGGUUGCGGGGGAAGGGGCUCCGCGCCGGCACCGGUGGCCUUCCCGGCCCCGGGGGCCCUGCGUGAAAUCCCGGCAUACUCGGGCCACUUGGCCGAGUUUCGGAGGUAUUUACAGGGAGUUUGCAGGGAGAGCCAGAGAGGCAGCCCAGGCCGCGUCCCUUUCGAAAAGCACAAUAAACAGAUUCCUCCCGCAGGAGCAGGGGAGGCGGGAGCGCCACGAUUCCCAAGACAGACCCCAACGCCCAGACUCCGCUCUGGAGGCAGCAGAAGGCCGCCGCUGCCCCAUCCACCGCCAAAAAGCCGCGGGCAGUUUCCUUCUUUCCUCACCCCCACUCCCUGCUCCUCGAGACGAUGCCUACGCCCGCCACCCUCCCCCAGCCGUCGCCUCCCUUCCCCGGCCGGGUCACCCGUCCUCUAUCCCCCUCACCGACGGCACAGCAACAAAGAGCCACCAAACCUCCAACAACGCGGCUCGGGACAACCCCGAGGCCUGGGGCCGCUCGGCAGGCAGGGGCAGGCAGCCGGGGCAGAGAGCUUUUCCCCAUCGGAUCAACCGGAGGGCGGGGAGCGGCCCCAGGCUGGGCCAGGUCCGAGGCCGCGGGCAGAAGGCCGGGAAGGCGCAGGCAGCGGGGACCGUCCCGCCCUACCCCCGCGGCCCGGCGACGGGCAGGAGCGCGCUCGGGAGCCGGGGCACUGGAGAAGGGGGCACGGGGGGAACCCCGGACUGCCGCCGACAAAGCCCGACGGAGAAAGACACGGCGGGGCGGAGCCGGGGCCAACUGCGGCCACUGCCCCCGCCGGGGCUCUCACAAGCUGCCCAGCCCGAGAAGGGACGGCGCAGCUGGGCGGCGGCGGGAGCUGCCCCGGUCGGGCAGCACCGACUACUGCCUCUCGCCCCGGCGGGGCUGGAGACACUGGGGGUGACAAUCAGGACUGACAGACUUAAGGAUAUACAGUAUCCUCUCGUCUUCCAGUUUCGGCCUCCACCAGAAAGAGAGCGAACCGAGGAAACAGGGCUUUUGUUGUUGACAUCUGACCUACGACAGGGUGUCCCUGCUGGAAAUGAGAGCGAGGGAGCCCGAAGAGCUGCCGCGCACUCUAACAUCCACCUGCAGAAGGAGCAUCCUAUAGCUGCUCCAUUUCCCCCUCUCCCUUCCCUUAAGAGAGAGAUCGAAGGAGACAAAAAGAAUGACCCCCGAACCGGCUGGCCUCCCCACAACAGGUCCGGAAGGACGAGCGAAGCCGCCCCCGUAAGGUCAGGCUCUCGCUGGGCAAAGAGCCCCGGAGGAGCAGCCCCGGGACCUCGGCCGGGGACGGCCCGGCCCCGAACAGCGGCCGGCCGCGCCAGCCCGCCCCCGGCUGAGCCGGCCAUCCCCGCGGAGCCGGGCCUGCCCCGCCGAGCGAGGCUCCGUCCAUCCGAGUCACCUCCUGCCCACCCGACACCGGAGCGCUCCCCGACAGCGGGGCCCUGUCGCUAA